AUGGAGAUUUUUCUUCUUCUCCACUUUUCGCCACCAUCUCUCUCUCUCUAAAAAAUCGGUGGAAGGUCUCCAACCUAAAGGCUAAUGACCGGCGGAGACUGGAUUCGGGAAGCUAUGUGCGACGAUUCAUUGGUGGCGGAGGCUCUGAUCUGUCUCCACCAUUCCGACUCGCCACCUCAUGAGAAGAGCGGCGCGUCGGAUCUCGAGCUGAAGUGGACCGUCAGACAGCGGAGGAGCAAGGCGGCGCUGACUAGGAAGAAAGGAGGAGAUCAUACGCGUGCCAGUCCCACCACGCCUCUUUCCUGGAGCGGUGCCACCUCUCUUAGCGGUGGUGGAUGCGGUGGCGCCGCUGCUCCCGCCGUUGAUGGAACUGAGGAGUCUAGCUGCGCCGUUAAAUCGUCGGAGGCCGUUAGAUCUAAGGUAACUCAAACUAGUGUAACAGCAACAACCCCCUUCAAGAGAUCAAGAAAGAAAAAGACGCUUGCUGAACUUAAAGAUGAGGAGAGUUUGCUCUUAAAGGAAAGGAAAGGCCUGAAAAAUGAACUCGCAAGUAUGCGGGAUCUGCUCAAGCAACAAAGAGCAAGAAACGAGUCUUUAAAGAAAAUGCAGGCUGAAUCACAAAGGAAUAAUGGUUCCUUCUUGCUCCCUGAUCUUAACAUACCUCUUGAUAGCAACCCGAGCCCUGAAAUUCUAUAUGGAACCAGCUGAUGAUGAUGAUGAUACAUAUAUAACUACCACACAACCAUCAAACAUCAUUAUUCUUUUGUCAGCCACACGUUCUAGAGUAUGCAUAACUGUAACUAUAUAUGAUAGAUAAAAAGAUCAUCAUCCGCUUCCAGUGUCUUUGCAGAAGGAUUACAGGGGAGACGAGUUAAAAUGUUUUUGAGUUUUUUGGUGUUUUCUUUUCUCUCUUAUAGGUUGUAGCAAGUUUUUGCUCUUGCCCUCCUUUAGGUUCUCUCUCUCUCUUUUUCCACUUUCUUCUUAUGUUUAAUUCAUAAGUUGAGAUGUAAUUAACAAUUACUUAUCUAUUUUCUACUACAUAGGUACAUUUCUUUUUUUU